AUGGUGGCCAAUUUGGAGGAUUCACCAAAGCUUCCUCCAAGAAGAAUCACAUUCACUUUUCCAUAUCUUAAGAAGGCAACCCAGAUUGCAUUCUAUGCUCGGGGUUCUGGAAAGAAGCCUAUUUUAAAGAAGGUGUUUUCUGGAACAGCCACAAAUCUUCCUUCAGUUAAGGUGAACCAGUUCAAGAAGAUUCCAGUUUCAUGGUUUGUUGAUGAGGCGGCAAUCGAAGAUGCCAAUGUGAAAACGAGCACAUACAAAUCAGGAAACUAA